AUGCCCCACAGUUGCAGAUAUCUUAUCAAGCUUGCUCAUUGUUCGAUGGAGAACCUUGGCAAGAAGUUAUCUCCCAUUUGCCUGAUUUAUAGCAUCAUCAUGUUUAUGAGAUGUCAUGAGCUGAGCAGAAUUCAGAGAAUUAACACUGUCAUUCUGACUGAUGGAAAGGCAUCAACAAAUUUGCUUGAGCGACUAAACAAGUAUGGCAUAUGUCUCAGCCCUUCUAAAAAGUAUGUUGUCCUUGAUGACAUUGGCAAACACUUUUUGGAUCAUGCAGUGGAGUUGGUGAAGGCUGGGAAGAAGUUUGUCUUCGUUGUCGACAACAUAGAUUGGGAGGAGAAGGUGCAUGAUAUGCGAGAAAUUCAUCAAAAUAAGAGUGUCCAUGCUGUUGCUACCAGCAUGGUAUUCACCCGAGUUUCAAGUGACCACCUACCUGAUGAUGGCCCUCAGAAAGAUAUAAAAACUUGCAACUUCCGAGAAAUAGUUGACAUGAAGGAUGAAGAGCUAAAGGAGAUUCACUAUCGUUACAAGAUAUUGGUAGCAAGAGUCUUAAUCAAGAUGUUUCCAGAAUUCAGCAGAAUUAAAUCAUACAUAUCUCAGGAGCUUCUACUCACUCAUGAACAUUCUGAUACAGCAUCUUGUAAGUCAGAAAUUAUUACUAUGCCUGUACUAAUGAAAGAUGAGAAAACUGGAAAGUGGACACACGAGAUAUACAAGGCAAGUGGCAAGUGUCAAGAUCAUGCAGACCAUGCAUCUGCUUCCCAUCCCUUGAUAGAAGUUCCAACACGACCAGAUCAACCAAGAUCCCACAUUCCACCUUCUACUCAAAAUUCUGAUCCACUUCAAGGAGUAAAAGUUGCUUGCUUUGGCGAUGAGUUAACAAGAGUAAGGUUUGCUGGAGCACGUGACCUUCGUUCUGGUUGUCACACAGCGAAGCAGCGACUUGAUCAUUUAUAUCCAUAUCGAAUUGUUGGAUGGCAUACAAAGAGGAGUUUUUUAAAGUCUGUCUUUAAACGGCUGUACAAAAACUCCAGCAGAGAACAUGGCACAUUGAGAUACUUUCGGGAAGUGCUUAACAGAAGAAAUGUGACAGUUGACAUCAAGCACUACGAACACUGUGAGCAGUUCUUCAUGAGUGUUGGUCACUGUUAUCUGAUUGAAGCACUGCUUCAGUUCUUCAAGAUGGAAGAUAUUAAAGGGUUGCCAAAAGAGAACGAUCCUUUUCUCCAUCACAAUGAAAGUGAUGAAGAAAAGAAGGCCCAUGUUUUAGAAGUACUGGACAAGUUUGUUCAACAGUUUCUUUGUCCAACUGAUGUUGAUGACAGUACUGACUCUUUAGAUGAUGACAGCACUACCUCAGAUGGUGUAUUUAAUUAUGCACUCAACCUAUUGAAGUCAUUUAUGGUUCUUCUGGAUUGCAAGGAUGCUGUAGCUUCUGGAAAUGGUGAGCAUUUGGCCACAAUCCAGAAACAGAUGUUAUUCUAUUUCUCAUCUGUUUCUGGAUAUAAUGUUUAUGCCAUUGAGAUGCUUAUAUUUACCAUCCAGAAUGAAAUAUUGUUAUCACCUCGAGAAGCACAUCAGUGUAAGUGGGCAGCUUUGGCUAACUGGAGCGGAGGUAAAGACAAAAACAUAGAGAUUGAUUUAUUACAGGAAAACCGGAAUGCAGAUCUCAAAGGGCUUAUUCGGAUGAUGGGGGCCAACAAGACAGAGAAAGCCAUUGGGAGGAUGAGUAAAGCUGCUGGAGGGGUACGUAAGAUCGUUGAUGUGUUCGACGAACAGGCAUCCAUUAGACGUAAAUCUUCAGCCCAUUCCCAUCGGUCAUCGUCUGAAGAUGAGAAUAAAAUCUCCUCAGAUUUGCACAAAUUAAAGCCCUUCGCUUUCCUGGGUGGUCGAUCUCACUCUUCAUUUGUGGGGAUUUCUUCAGACCCAUUGGAAGAUUUAAAUGAAGAAGCGUUUUGUGAAUGGCUUAAGCGACAUCAAAGGAAUAUUGCAUUGCAUUUCCCAACAGUUGAAGAAGCACCUACUGUACAUGCAGAUGCAGAGGAUGAUGAACAAAGUGAGGAUUUCAGUGAACUAAUGCACUCGCUAUUAAUUGAUGACGUCACAGAUGAUAUCUAAAACAACACUAAAUUGCCAUUACCCAUAUAUAGUCUGAAGGAACAUUUGCCUGUUCCCUCUACUGUCUUUCUCUACUAUUU